AAUACCUUGGUGAAAAAUUCCCGGUUGUAAGGGUUAGUCAAGCCCGCUAACUUGGCUCGAUAGUUGAACUCAAAGCUAGGUCCUUAGCUUUGAAGACCAAGGACGUAGGUGGCUUAGUUCUACCGAACCUUGUAAAAUUCGAGAGUUUGCGAUUUCUUAACCUUCAACUCUUUACAUUACAAGUUUAAUUAUUUGCUAUAUCUAUUUGAUUGCCAUAUUAUUUGCUUUUGCUUGAUAAAUUUGAUUUAUUGCAUAAUUUGGCAUAUUAAGUUUUAAAUUUCCGAAAUUAGUUUAAAUUUCCAAUUCACCCCCCCUCUUGGAAACAUAUCUUGGGUUAACAAUUGGUAUCAGAGCUAGGGCUCAUUUAAUUGAUUAGAUUUUACAAUCUAGAGCAUGGCGUUUCCAAGUAAUUCACAAAAUAACAUGUUAGAAGGUCUAAGCACAACUAGAGCACCAUUCUUUAAUGGAGUAGACUUUCCCUAUUGGAAAAUUAGGAUGGAAACAUAUCUUCAAUCUAUUGAUUAUGAUUUGUGGCAUAUAGUGUCUAAUGGUCCUUACAUUCCUAAACAUGUCAUUAAUGGUGUAGAAGUUAUUAAGACAUAUGAGGCAUAUGACGAAGAAGAUAAGAAAAUGCUUUCUAAGAAUGCUAAAGCUAAAUAUGCACUUAUAUGUGGUUUGGAUAGAGAUGUGUUCAAAAAUAUUGAACAAGCCUCUACCGCUCAUGAUAUGUGGAAAAUGCUUGAAGUCACUCAUCAAGGAACAAAUGCUAUGAAGGAAACUAAAAUUCAAAUUUAUUCUACUCAAUAUGAGAACUUUAAGAUGAAAGCGGAUGAAACUAUUGCUAACAUGUAUACUCGUUUUACUACUAUCACUAAUGGUUUGAAUUCUCUUGGCAAGGUACUUUCACAAAAGGAGAUGGUGACCAAGAUUUUGAGAAGCCUCACCAAAGCCUAUCAAGGCAAAGUGAUUGCCAUUCAAGAAGCCAAGGAUCUUUCAACACUUCCCUUGGAAGAACUAAUUGGUUCACUCAUGAACCAUUUGGAUAGUGGUUGUUCCAAGCAUAUGACCGGUGACCCAUCAAGAUUUUCGAGUUUUAAGAGCAAGGAAAGUGGCUUUGUCACUUUUGGAGACAAUUCAAAAGGAAAAAUCUUGGGCAUUGGUGAUAUCGGUAACAUAUACUCUCCAUGUAUUAAAAAUGUGCUUCUUGUUGAUAACCUUAAACAUAAUUUACUUAGUAUUAGUCAACUAUGUGAUAAAGAUUUUCGUGUUGUUUUUGAAUCCUCAAAAUGCUCCAUUGAAAAUGCUUCAACCAAUGAAGUUAUUUUUGUUGGAGAAAGGAAGGAUAAUGUUUAUGUUAUUGAUGUUGAUUCCUUUGAUAGCAAAAAUAAAUGUUUGACCGUUAUGAAUGAUAAUUCUUGGUUGUGGCAUAGAAGAUUAGGACAUGCUAGUAUGGAUUCUAUUUCAAAGUUGGUUAGAAAAGAUCUUGUUGUUGGUUUGCCGUCUAUUCCUUUUGUUAAAGAUAAACUUUGUGAUGCAUGCCAAUUUGGAAAACAAAUUAAAACAUCUUUUCAUUCCAAGAAAGAGAUUUCAACCUCUAGACCUUUGCAAUUGCUUCAUAUUGAUUUAUUUGGUCCUUCAAGAAUUGCUAGUCUAGGUGGUAAAUACUAUGCAUUUGUGAUUGUUGAUGAUUUUUCUAGAUUUACAUGGGUUAUAUUUUUGAAACUCAAAAAUGAUGUUUUGGAAAAUCUAGUUAAAUUUUGUAAGAGUGUGCAAAAUGAAAAAGGGUAUUCAAUCACCUCCAUUAGGAGUGAUCAUGGUGGAGAGUUUGACAAUGAUGCUUUAGAAUUGUUUUGUGAUGAACAUGGUUUUAACCAUAACUUUUCGGCUCCAAGAACUCCACAACAAAAUGGAGUUGUCGAAAGGAAGAAUAGAACAAUUCAAGAAAUGGCUAGGUCAAUGCUCAAUGAAAUCUCAUUACCUAAAUAUUUUUGGGCCGAGGCCGUUAAUACUUCUUGUUAUAUUUUGAACCGUGUUUUCAUUAGGCCUAACAUGAAUAAAACCCCUUAUGAGCUUUGGAAAGGGAGAAAACCCAACAUUGGAUAUUUUAGAGUUUUUGGAUGUAAAUGCUAUAUUUUGAACACCAAGGACAACCUUGGAAAAUUUGAUGCAAAAUCCGAUGUUGGAAUUUUUAUAGGUUAUUCAACACAUAGUAAAGCUUAUAGAAUUUAUAACAAAAGAACUAAUGUUGUUGAAGAAUCUAUUCAUGUUGCAUUUGAUAGACUUGAGUCCAUAAGAAUGUUAUUAGCUUUUGCAUGCCACAAGAAUUUUGUCUUGUAUCAAAUGGAUGUCAAAAGCGCUUUCUUAAAUGGAUACAUUAUGGAAGAGGUUUAUGUCUCUCAACCCCCCGGUUUUCAAGAUCACAAACACCCUAACCAUGUUUACAAAUUAAAGAAAGCAUUAUAUGGUUUAAAGCAAGCUCCUAGAGCUUGGUAUGAUCGUUUAAGCACUUUUCUUAUCUCAAAUGGUUUUUCAAUGGGAAAAGCGGAUAAUACACUUUUUAUUAAAAGAAAAUCAAAAGACAUUAUUAUAGUACAAAUCUAUGUUGAUGAUAUUAUUUUUGGUGCUACUAAUGAUGUUCUUUGUGAAGAAUUUUCAAAGUGUAUGCAUAGUGAAUUCGAGAUGAGCAUGAUGGGAGAGCUCAACUUUUUCCUUGGACUUCAAAUAAAGCAACAAAAGAAUGGAAUCUUCAUAAGUCAAUCCAAGUAUAUCAAGGAUCUACUUCAAAAGUUUGACUUGGCCAAUGCAAAGUCCAUGAAAACCCCUAUGAGCACCUCCAUAAAGAUGGACAAGGAUGAAAGUGGUAAGGAUGUUGACAUCACCAAGUAUCGAGGUAUGAUUGGCUCAUUAUUAUAUUUAACCGCUAGUAGACCCGAUAUUUUGUUUAGUGUUGGUCUAUGUGCUAGGUAUCAAUCAUGUCCCAAGGAAUCCCACUUAAGUGCCGUUAAGAGAAUCUUUAGAUACUUGAUAGGCACAAUGAAUCUAGGACUUUGGUAUCCCAAGAACUCAAACUUUGAAAUCAUUAGUUACUCGGAUGCGGACUUUGCCGGUUGUAAGUCGGAUAGGAAAAGUACUAGUGGAACAUGUCACUUUCUAGGAAACUCUUUAGUGUCAUGGUUUAGCAAGAAACAAAACUCGGUAGCCCUAUCCACAACUGAAGCCGAAUACAUAGCCGCCGGUAGUUGUUGUGCUCAAAUACUUUGGAUGAAACAAACUCUUAAGGAUUUUGAUGUUGAUUUUGAAUGUACACCCAUAAAGUGUGACAAUACUAGUGCCAUUAACCUCUCUAAGAAUCCAAUCUUGCAUUCUAGAGCCAAGCAUAUUGAUAUAAGGCACCACUUCCUUAGAGACCAUAUCCAAAGAGGAGACAUUAUGCUAGAUUUUGUGAGCACCAAUUUCCAACUAGCGGAUAUUUUCACCAAGCCUCUUAGUGAUGAGAGAUUUAGUUUUAUUAGAAGAGAGCUAGGAAUGACCAACAUAAAUGAAAUUUAAGGUUUACUAGCUACUUGAAUAUCAUAUCUCUCCUUACUUACUUAUGCAUGUAUACUCUCACUAUAAUAUGAUUCUAUGCAUAAAUAAGCAAAAUCUUAUAACACUUGACCUAUUAGAUAUAUGUCUUUGAGGAUAACAAAUUAUAGGUCAUGAUAUGAAUCUUUGGUGAACUUUGAACUCAUUUUUGAUUGAGUAAAUAUGUGAAUUUUUGCAUAUGUGCCUAGUAUAUGUGUUUAUGUGUUUAAACUUGUCUAAAUAAGUCUAUCUAGUAUGCCUAUAGGGUUUCUAUGCUUGAAUUACUCUUUGAACAAUUUUUAGGUAUGCUAAGUAUUGAAAAUUUGUUAGUUUUUGCCUAAAUGAGUGUUUUUCGCCAAACUUACUCAAUUUUCAACAUUUUUCAAAUCCGUCAGUUUGAGCA